AUGCUUUGGGAUCUUCCUGACUUUGAGAUUGAUGCCAACAGUGCAGAUAUCAUGUCGGCAGCUGACACUCGACUUCCCCCAGCAAGUCUCGGGCGCGGCCAAGGGCGCUUCCCUCCAUACCUUUCUGCCGUACGAAUCCCAAGCGCCGUCCGGUAUUGCGAAGCUAUAAUUCUUCUGCUUUGUCGAGACCACGAAAGCCCCCGUGAGCCCUAUUGGAUGGCAAUCUUAACCUACCUGCUGGAAUACGUCGAUGAAACGGAUAUCUUCCAAGAGAAUUGGUUGAGGGAGGGCUAUGAAACAAGGGGAUCCGAAAAUGUAUCUACACCUGAAGAUGCUUCGCGAUGGUUUUAUCAAAAGUAG